AUGGCAAUGAAAUCAAGUGAUAGAUGGCUUGCACGCUUCUUUCAUUUAUUUCUGACAGGUCUGGUGUUACUCAUCAUGUUUUUAAAAGACACCACAUUAAAACAAGAUUUAUACAAUGGUCAUCUAUUUUAUGUGGCAUUUUAUUUGACUCUUGUAUCAGUUGGUACCGUAAUGUAUUUUGUGUGCAGUUUUAUGGACCCUGGAUUUGUAACAUACAAUACAAUAGACGCUGAAACUGGAGUUAUUUUUAAUUCCAAAGAGGAAGAGUCUCAAAUAUUGACAACGUCUCAUGACUUAGAAUCCACAGAGACUUGUUCCAUGUUAGAAAAGAGUGCAAGAAAUUUGCGUUUACGUAGAUGUGGCUUUUGUAACAUUAUACAACCACUAAGAGCGAAGCACUGUGAGGAGUGCAAACAUUGCGUACGGAGAUACGACCAUCAUUGUCCAUGGAUUGGCAACUGUGUAGGUGAACGCAAUCACAAGUUUUUUUUGUUCUUUCUUGGUGUUGAAACUUGUGUUGUGAGCUGGACUGUUUAUAUUACUGUUCACGCAUUCAAUCGGGAUUUGGAAUGGAGAAAAUGGUUCGAACACAAUUGGAUGUAUUUAAUUUUAACAAUAUUUCUUGCAGUCAUGUUGUUAGUAGUAGCAUUACUGUGGGCUUGUCACUCGUAUAUGAUGUUUACAGCUCAAACAACCUGGGAAUUUAUGUCACGACCAAGGAUAUCGUAUCUAAAGAAAUUCCCUACUGAUUAUAACCCGUUUGAUAAGGGCUAUAUUCGAAACAUGCUUAGUUUUUUGUGUUAUUUUAGAAUUCAAGAAUGGGAUGAUGUUUAUGAAGAAGACUAA